GAUUUCUAUCCAUCAAGCUGAUCUUUCUGCCAGAACACACACCGAUCUGGAGGGAGUGAGAGCGUGAAUGCUCAGUGUCAUGCUGCUCUAGUAAAGGUGAAUCUCACCAGGCCAAUGGAAGCCCAACUCAAGAAAUUACGACAAAUGCUGGAGAAAGAAUGCCAGCUCAACCAGGAACUCCAGAACCAGAACAAAGAGCUGAAGAGACAGCUUGAACAGAAAGAGAGAUUGUUACAGGUGCUGCAAGGACAACUGGAUGAGCUUGAUUGUGCACCUCAACAAAACAGUAAUGAAAUGCCUGAGGUUCGACAGAGUCGGGCAGCUGUCAUGGCUCCGGAGCGAGUACCAGAAGUCCUGGAAAUCACCGCCAACAGAGUCAAUAAAACUGCCAGUGAGAAGGCUCGGAUCGUGAAGGCCAUUCAUAAGAAUGACUUCCUCCGUCGUCUGGAUGAGGAGCAGAUCAGUAUGAUGGUCGAUCUGAUGAAGGUUCUGGACUGUCGGCCUGGUGAGGACAUCAUCCGAGAGAGCACAGAGGGAGACAGCCUGUACAUUGUCGCUGAGGGGGAGCUGAAGGUUACUCAGGCUGGACGUGAUCUGCGAACUUUGAGCUCCGGCGAUGUGUUUGGGGAACUGGCCAUUCUAUACAACUGUAAACGCACAGCAUCUGUCAGAGCCAUCACUACGGUGAAGUUAUGGUGUAUUGAGAGACAAACAUAUCGAAGCAUCAUGACCAACAAAUCAAAGAAGAAAAGAGAGCAACUCAUGGGCUUCCUGAAAACGGCUCGCACUUUGAAAGCCCUGAAAGAUGUGCAGCUGUCAAAGAUCAUUGAUUCCAUGGAGGAAGUGAAGUUUCAGAACAAUGAAAUGAUUGUCGGAGAGGGAGCAGAGGGCAAUGCGUUUUACAUCAUUCUCAAAGGAGAGGUUUUAGUGACAAAAAAAGUGAACGGACAGCAGAAAAUCAUUCGUAAGAUGGGUGAGGGGGAACACUUUGGAGAACUGGCUCUAAUACGAGAGAUCCUCAGGACAGCCACAUGCACAGCGGUGGGAGCUGUCACUUGCUUUUCCAUUGAUAAAGAGGUUUUUGAGGAGACCAUUCCUUUUGAAAGCCUUGAGCUCCAUGACGAUGCUGAUGUACUAGAGGAUGAUGUAAAGCCAGAGAAAGUUGGGCCAGAAACAUCUCUAAAGCUGAAAGAUCUCGUCCCUGUACUGUACCAGGAGGGAAGUUAUCACGGAGAGCCUGUCACUCUUGGAGUCGGGGGGUUUGGAAAAGUGGAGCUGGUAACUACCUUGCAGCACAGAAUGUACUUUGCUAUGAAGAAGAUCAGUAAACAGCAUGUUGUUGCAAAGAAGCAGGAAGGACACAUUCUCCUAGAAAAGAAAAUUCUCCAGGCAAUCCAAUGUGACUUCAUUGUCAGGCUGCAUGCUGCCUUCAAAGAUUCUCGCUACGUCUAUAUGAUCAUGGAGUUUUGUCCUGGUGGGGAAAUCUGGACCAAGCUGAAAGAGGCAGGGCGCUUCGAGGAGAAUAUAGCCGUGUUCAUAACAGCGUGUGUGGUUGAAGCCUUUGCAUACCUCCAUAACAAAGGGAUCCUGUAUCGAGACCUGAAACCAGAAAACCUCAUGCUGGACUCCAAAGGAUAUGUGAAAUUGGUUGAUUUUGGUUUUGCAAAAGAGCUUUCUCGGGGUGAGAAGACAUAUUCGUUCUGCGGUACUCCUGAGUACAUGCCUCCAGAGAUCAUUCAGAACCAGGGCCAUGACUUUGCUGCUGACUUCUGGUCACUUGGUGUUCUAAUCUAUGAGCUACUUGUGGGCAGUCCGCCAUUCUCCAGUUCAGACCCACAGAAGAUCUAUGCCAAGAUCUUGGAUGGUGUGCUGAAUUUCCCGUCAUAUAUGGGGGAAGGUGCCAAAUCUCUCAUCAGCAAAUUGUGCAGAUCACGUCCGGGCCAGCGUCUGGGCAAUACAAAAAAUGGAAUCAAAGAUGUCCGACAUCACAGGUGGUUUAACAGCAUUAACUGGCAUAAAUUAAGAAUGGGGCAGCUGGAGGCACCAACUAUUCGACUCAUAAGAAAGGGUCCUUGCUAUAUAAACUUUGACCGCUUUCCCUAUGAUAAGACCCAAGCAGAGGAGGAGUUUUCAGGCUGGGACUGUGAUUUCUGAACAGUCUUGAGGUCUCUGAUAUCUAUAAGAUAUCUUCACUUCCCAAGUUAUUUACUCAGAAAUAUACUCAGUUUGAUAAACUUACCUACUUAUAC